AUGUCUCACCGGACACGUCGCUAUCUCGUGUACGUCCACCUCGUUCUGAAUCACCCUCGACGUCAAGCGGGGUUCCACAAUUACGUGUUGACACUCAAGCGAUCAAGAAAUGCUGCGCCACCAUCACGUUUAAAUCGUCGUGCUUUACAACAAGCUGUAGCAGCCACCUACGAUGGUGGUGUAUCGCCAUACUAUGGAAGUGGCGGAUAUUCGUCACCCGUCUACAGUAGUCCCUACAGUACUCGUUCAUAUCAGUCACCACCAGUGCCAGCAAGAAAUCUUGUCAUACAAUCGGAUGGCUAUUUUAUGCAUGAUGUCUCACCGGACACGUCGCUAUCUCGUGUACGUCCACCUCGUUCUGAAUCACCCUCGACGUCAAGCGGGGUUCCACAAUUACGUGUUGACACUCAAGCGAUCAAGAGUGAAUCAAGCUUGGACAAUACGGAUGAAGAGCAAUCAUCCGGAACCACAACCAUGAACCACAAUCGGCGGGAUUCUGGAGUGGGAUCCAGCCUAUCCAGAUCGCCCAGCUGCUCUUCGGAUGACGCCUUCUUCACUGAUGUACAAUUGGCUCGAUGUAUCGACUCACUGAGCGUCUUAGAACUAGUGUUGCGUUAUCUCCGUCAAAUGUCACCGGAUACCGUAGGUAUCUUCCGAAAAAAUGGUGUCAAGUCACGAAUUCUCGAAGUGCGAGGGAUUUGUGAUCGGGACUCAGACGUAGAUGUGUUCAUUGAUGAAAAUCGACUUGAUCCGGGACAGGUGCACGAUGUAGCAGAUAUGUUGAAGCAGUAUCUGAGAGAGUUGCCCGAGCCGCUUAUGACUGCACGAUUAUCGGAGACAUUCGCCAACAUUUUCAUCCAUGAACAUUUCAGAAUGCUGGCGCUACAGUAUGCUAUUCUCCUGCUGCCUGAUGAGAAUCGCGAAGCACUCCAGACCUUACUGCUAUUCCUCAGCGAUGUGUCUAAGCACGCAGAAAAUAAUAGUGUAAGUUCGCUGGAUACCUUUUUACUAACCAUUAUCGAUAAUCGGGCCCAUUGCAUUCAAAAGACCUCAGCUUUGAUUGGUGGACGAAUGCCAGCACAAAACCUAGCUGUCUGCUUCACUCCCUCGCUAUUUCAUCUGAGCGCUUCCCGUCUUGACAAAAUCACACCGACAAGGCGGCAUAAAACCAUCGGAGCAGCUGGAAUGCCUACGGAACGCGAAAUGCGGGAGACAAAAGCCGCUCAACAGUGCCUUACUUUCCUGAUACAAAACUGCCGAAGUGUAUUUGUAGCCGCGGAAACGAGCCCAGACGACAGAGUUCAAUCCGACAAUGACGCACCUUUGCUCAAAGAACUUGGGUUAAACGGUCCACGAGCCUAUUUAAUCGACAAAGUAUUGGAUCUGGUUAAGGAGCACUCUGAACGUUGGAAGGGUUGGAUAUUUGAUGGAACACACGAAGAUGUAGAGAUCUCAUGUAAAAUACCAAACGACUGCCAUCCAUUAAAACUGUUCCGCGUGUGGAUCGAUGUGGCCGCUCCACCGAAACAAGUUAUGAAUCGGAUCAUGCGCGAAAGGAACGUGUGGGACACCUCCGUUGUGAACUGGCGAACAAUCGACGUUCUACACGUCCCAGAUACCGAUUUGCACCAGUAUGUACUUAACGACACCGUUGGACAUCCAACUCGAGAUUGUUUUGUGGUUCGAUUCCAUCGUGCAGAUCUUUCUGAAAUCCGCGGAGCUUGUGUCAUCGCUGAACGAAGUGUGCAAUGCAACGAAACACAAUUACUAGGAGGAAUCUCAGCUGCUGUGCUGGAUAGUCGAUUCCUGAUUGAACCUAAAGCUGGGCACUCAAGAGUCACCUAUCUCUCCAGAGUUGAUCUCAGAAUUUUUCAUGCAUUAAUGAAGAAUGGCAUUUCCUACGCAUCAGUAAUGUGCCUAAGUUAUUCACUAGAGAUAAAACUGCUGCGAAAACUUUAUAAACUUUUCAUUUAUAGAGGUCGAUGUCCUUCUUGGUACAAUAAGGUGUACGGUAAUAUCAUCGCACGGCAGAUGAUUCGACUACGUGACUCAUUUCAAUCAAGUUCUGAAAGUAUAGGUCCUGAGACGAAAGUCUGA